AUAAUAAGUAAGAACUUAUGCAUCCAUAACGUUAGCUGUGAUCCAUUUAUUAGUAUAUAUCACAUUUACACAAUGACAAGGGGAUUUAAAACGCACGAAAUAUAAAAUGCCAAUGGAGGUCACAGAUGAAGAUUUGUUUGAAGCGUUUAUAGCAGAACUGGAAGAACGUACUAAGCCAAGUAAGAAUGAUAAAAGAUAUGAAAGAUAUGUUAACUAUAUCAAUUGCUUCAUUAGUAAGUUCGGAAGAGAAAGAGUGUAUCUUGUAGGAAGUACGAGUGAGCGAUCAAAACUUGCUUUUUCAAAAGACGAUGGUGAUGCUGACUUCUUAAUGGUUUCUGGAAAGAUGGAAAUUCCGGCUGAAAACUUGGUCUCAUAUCAUGAAGCCCCAUGCUUUGUUUGGAUUCGUGCAGACUCAUGUAGCAGAGAUAUUGGCCUCGAAGUUGUUGAGGAUGAAUACAUCUCGGCUAACACUCUGCGAGAAGUACGACCAGAGUUAUUUACCAUGUUAAGAGCGAUUUAUUUGCAUGUCACUGCUACUGUGAACAAAUUACCAGAAACAGAUACGGAAAGGACUAUUCUAUCUGUUUCCUCAAAGGUUGGCUUACAAACAACGACAUAUAGGUCAUUAAAGUUUGAAGAAAAUAUUGAAGAUUUAAAAGAGUAUUUUAUAAAUAACGAAAAAAUUGAAAGAGAAAAUGAAAAAGAAAAACUGCUGGAAGAUAGAUGGAAACAACUAAAAGUUAAUGAAUGUGAGAAAAAGAUUUAUAGACGGUUGUAUGAAGCAUCAAAACUUGCCAUACCUUCUGACAGAAAGAAAAAUAACGGAGGAAUAGCUUUCUUUGUGCAACUCGUUGAAGAAAUCUUAGCAAGACAAAGUGGUGCAUUACCCAAAACACCUUCCGAUGAAAUGAACAAUUUCCGGACAAAUCAUGACAAUAACACUGAUCAUAAUAGCUCGAACGUGGUAGAUAUAGCUAGUAAUAAGGACAAAUUGUUUAGAGCAACAUACGAAGAAAGAAGUCACAAAGAUUUUGUUCCAGCUUUAGUUAUUACAGGAGAGUUGGAGGAUAUGAGACUAUGGAAAAAACGAGUUCUUGACAAUGGCUGGGACGAGGAGAGGGUAAAUGAUAUUUGUGAUACAGAAAUAUUUGUCGUAUCAAGAGUCUGUCCAAAAAGUUCAAAUCCUGAAAAAGAUUUUUGCUUGUCGUUUAAUCUUGCCGAGCGAAAGUUAAUGAUAGCAAUGUCAUAUGUGGAAAGAAGAGUGUAUUUGAUACUUAAGGCAUUUUUAAAAGGUGUUUUUGGGGGCGCAAGCCCCCAAUGUAAUUACGAUAAAUUCAGCUUACUACCCUUUGAACGCGUUUAG